CUAAUGGCAGAGGCUACAGGGAAACCCAUCCUUUGCUGCGGCUGCUACGCUGAAGGACGGUUCUCAGAGAAGUUGGAGGUUGCACCACCAUCUCCAGGACAACUGAAACAUGUGUUCUUCCACAAUGCAUUACCUUUUGUAGGGUUUGGAUUUUUGGAUAACGCAAUUAUGAUUGCUGCGGGAACCCAAAUAGAAUUGUCAAUUGGAGUUGUCCUAGGAAUUUCAACUAUGGCAGCUGCAGCUUUGGGAAACCUUGUGUCAGAUUUAGCUGGACUGGGUCUUGCGGGUUAUGUAGAAGCUUUAGCUUCACGACUGGGUCUGUCAAUCCCUGAUCUGACACCCAAACAAGCUGAUAUGUGGCAAACACGUCUCAGUGCACAUUUGGGUAAAGCUAUUGGAGUGACUGUUGGCUGCAUUUUAGGAAUGUUUCCUUUGUUGUUCUUUGGCGAUGAGGAAGAAAAACUGGAAGAAAAAAAUUAACCUUUUUACAAGACAUAUACAAAUGUAAACUACUGUACCUCAAUUAUUCAAUUACACUGUCAAUAUUUAGGAAUUAACAGACAGUAAAAAAUGUAUAGACUUGGGAACAAAACCUUCAGCAUGUCAUUUUAUGGAAACACUAAUUUAUUGUGGCUUUGUUGUGUUCAGUACUUCUUUUUAUAAGUUAUCAUCUAACAUUUUAUUUAAUUGUAAAUUUUUGAAGUGUUCACUUAUGGCAACUGAUGUUUACCACUUUCCCCUUUGACCUUAUUCUUUAAUGGGUUAUUACUUUAAUAAUCCACCAUGGAGGACUGUAUCACUCGAGUUGCAUAUUGGUUACUUAACAGUUGUAAUUGCAUGACAAGAAUUUCAGUAUUGUUCAUCAGGUCCUUCAAUGCAGAUUAUUAAGGAGGUCAGUGAUGAGUAAUUUGGAGUCCCUCACUUUGCAAGAUGACUGGUUGCCCCUUCACCAGCCAUCAUUUUGCACUGCCUUUAGAUUAGGUAUUUCAGUGAUCUAUGACAGUCUAGUUUGCAUUUUUUUCACAAAUCUAAGUGAAUUGUCUUCUGAGAUGAUAAUUUUAAUGCUUUGACAAAGGUAUGUGUUUCCAG